AUGUACCCGGCGUACGCAACCGCCUACCAAGGCGUGGAGGCUGGCCCCUCUCGUCCACGUCUCGACCCACCUCGUGCUCCAUCACCUUCCGAGCUCGGCCUCAAACCCAAAAAGCGCCGGCGCCUUCAGUUCUCCUCUGAACUUCGCAGCAACGCCAUCCAGCGAUACAAUCCGGAUGGCACCGAGACCGUCGAAUACCUCCAUCAGCAAUCCACCCAACGACUAAAACGCAAAUGGGACAGCAUCUUUGAACGUUUCAAGGAUGCGCACCUGCAGGACCAAGACGAGAUCUACCUGGGCAACCGUGCCAACGGCGAACCCAUUGUUGUGGUCAAAGACAGGGGCAGCUUGAGGAGCUUGAGGCAGAGCAUGGAAUUUGGCGUGUUCAUCAAGGAUGAGGAGCUUCAGGGCUGGAAGGAUCGACCAGAAGCCAGAGAGAUGCAAGAGCAGGAAGACGAGUACGAGGAUGAGUUCGAUCCGCCACAUGCGCCUAUACAUCCAUCGCAGCUGGUAGGUGCAUCGAGUAGCGAGUCAGAGCAAGACGAGGAUGAUCCAGCAACGAACGAUCCAGAUCUGCGCGAGUUCCUGCAGGCCGAGGCAAGGCGCAAAGCUAUGCUUGGCAGACCUGACGAGGGCAAUGGCGAGGGAGAAGAGGAGGAUGAGGUCAUCGACUUUGGACAUCCCAUGUGGAAUACCUACGAGCCUGCACAGGUGGCUCCAAAAGCCUCACCGAAGCCAUCAACUACAGCUCGCCGACCAGACCGAUCGAACGCGUUGCCCCGAGCGACACCAGACGCGCCAGACCUCAUCACCUCAUCUUCGGAAGACGAAAACGACUCUGACAUCGCCACAGUGCACAGCGACUCGGACGAAGAGCUCAUUGACUCCGUCCGUACCAAGCGUCAAAACAUCGAAGAGCUACUUAAGUGCACAGCGCCCUUCGAAACUUUGCCGUACAACGAUAUCUUUGGACUGGCUGACCUGCUGAAGAUUUCGGAUAAUACUUCGCGUCUUUACGUCGAUCUCGUGUCGGAUGACGACGACGAGGAGGAGAAGAUUGUCAAGGUAGAGAAGGCGGCCGUGGAGGCAAUCGAGGUCAAUGGCUCGCUGCCGAGUUCUACGCGAGGAGAACCGGGUAUCGAGAGCUCCGACAAGAUCGACGUGAUCGAGAUCAGCAGCUCUUUGCCCACGACAAGCCCUCUACGCAUCGUCAGCUCUCUGCCAAAUUCAUCAAUCGUCGCCGAUGCAACUUCCUCGCCGUUGUCGGAGAUGCCGUGUUCACGAGGAUCUUCGGUGGUGGCUGUCGCGCCUCCUUCCUUGCGAGCCCUGUCGCCUUCACGGACAUCGUCACCUUUGGGGCACAGAUCGCCUUCUGUACAUAGCUCGGAUGAGCAAGUGGCUGAGAUUCGCCUUCCGUCCAGCUUUCCGUCGAUGCAAAGCACGCAGCCUAGUCAAUCGCACGCGCGUGAAGCGACGCCACCUGCAGCUUCCUUUCGCGACACACCAAAACCAGCUACGCUAGCACGGACGAUAUCUGAUACCCCAGCGCAGGUCUUGCCUCGUCGCGAAAGCCACUCGCCGAUACAUACGCCUUCCUGCCAGCUCUCAAUUCCUGAUCGUCACGUCGCAUCAUCAACACCGUUGAGCGCCUCGCCGUUCAAGCUACCCACAUCUACCAGCGCACCCCUCCUCACAUCAGACUCCUCAUCUAAGCGUGACCGCCAACAUCACUCGUCCACGUCCUCCAAGCAUCGCUCAUCAGAUCGACCCACCAAACACCGCAGCCAUCGUCACAGCAGCGGCAGCAGCACUGGCGGGGCUUCGCAUCGCAACUCACGCUUCGAAGAACCCCCCCACUCCUCCGAUCUCGAUUCCACAAACCGCAAAAGCAAGAAGAGAAAAUGUGGUGGACCGGGGCAGUGCAAAAAGACAUUCUGCCUGGAAUGUGCUAGUGCUUUACGAUGA